GCCUGGCAGUGGCAGAAACGGGCGGGAGGUUUCGGAGGUGGUGGCAGCGAGUGCGCGAGAGAAGGGUACUUUACUCCGCGAGGCCCACCGGCCACCGUCUGGGGCGUUCCACACGGCACCUUGUACCAGACAGGCAGAAUGGGUCGGUACACGGGCAAGAAAUGCCGCCUGCUGACGAUGUUCACGAUGACAGCCACCUUCUUCCUGGUGGAGCUGAUCGUGGGCUACAUCACAAACUCGAUGGCGCUCGUGGCAGACAGCUUUCACAUGCUCAGCGAUGUCCUAGCACUCGUCAUAGCAUUCCUUGGCGUAAAGAUGUCACCGAAGAAGUGGAGUAAAAACACGUUCGGAUGGGCGCGAGCGGAGGUCCUGGGAGCUCUGGUCAACAGUGUGUUCUUGCUGGCGCUCUGCUUCUCCAUUUUCGUCGAGUCUCUAAAAAGAUUGUAUGAAACUGAAGAGUUACAUAAUCCCAGACUCAUCUUAGUGGUUGGUGUAAUAGGCCUCGUUGUGAAUUUAAUAGGCCUUGGGCUCUUCCAUGCAAGAGCAAGCUGUCCACCAUCAACACCCUCGUGGCCACAGACGACAAUGAGAAUGACGAGAGAUUUACGCCUCCACCGCCCAAUUCCGUUGGUGCUAACGACAAACAUGGAAACGGCACGCCCAGGAGGGAGGCAUCUGCUCAGAUGAACAUGAGGGGCGUCUUCCUCCACGUUCUUUCGGAUGCCCUAGGCUCUGUGAUAGUGAUCAUCAGUGCACUGGUCGUAUGGCUCACAGAAUGGGAAUAUUCCAAAUACAUUGACCCAGCACUAUCUUUAGCCUUGGUCACCCUUAUCACAUGCAGCACGUGGCCUCUCCUGAAGGACUCGGCCCUCAUCCUUCUCCAGACAGUUCCUACUCACAUUCAGGUUGACGGCAUCCAAAAACAGUUGUUAAAUGUUGAUGGUGUUCUUGCUGUGCAUGAAUUCCAUGUUUGGCAGUUGGCAGGGGAGAGGAUAAUUGCCUCAGCACAUAUCAGGUGUCGCAACUUGAAGGACUAUAUGGUCCUAGCAGAAAAGAUCAAGAAGAUGUUCCAUGAAGAAGGCAUUCAUUCCACUACUAUACAGCCUGAGUUUGUGGAGUAUGAAGAUGAUGGUGCCUCAGCCUCAAUAGACUCUGCCGAAGACUGUAUUCUAGACUGUCCCUCCAAGGACAAGGACGGAUGUGUGGCAAAUACCUGCUGUGGUCUCUCCAAACAGGUAAAGAGUGAUUCCAACAAGGAGCUUAGGCUCACCAAUGCCAAGAAAGAUGGAUCCCCUUCCACUUUUGUGAAGGACCUGCCGCUUCAACAAAACGUUUCCUUCAGCCUGCCUGACAUUUCAAAAGUUCCUCCUGCAUGCUACCCCCAGUGGACUCCCUCUGGGUUAAUUAUAACUGUAAUGCUUCUGUAGUAAAUUCAAACCUAAACUCUGCUCAGGAUAAUUGUACUCAGAUUUAUACAAUUACAGACAGUAAAGGUAACAUUACAAAAGAACAAAGAGUAAUGUUAGAUAGUGGUGUUGAUUUGAAUGAAACCUGCAGGGAAUCAAAUUCUUCCAUAAACCAAAGAAACACUCAGAAUAGGGAAAUAAGAAAUGAUGACUCAGAUUUAAGUAGUUAUGCAUCCUCUGUAUCAGUUACUAUGGAUGAUACAGAUUCAGAUGAAUUAACAGCAUCUGUCAGAUUGUGAGCAAGUCAUUUGCUAUGCUACAUAAAGGUCUUUCAUUAA